AUGGAAUAACAUUUAAGAUUAUAAAGAAUUGGUCCAACUUCUUUAACUUAAUAACUCAGUUCGAAAUAGGAAUCAUCAUCAUAAAUAAUAUUAGAAGAUGAAAUUUAGUAGGAAAGUUAAAGAGAAAUGAAUGAAAACAAAAGUUUUGAUAUGAAUAUGUCUCGUUUUGAAAGUAAAGUAAUUAUUGUAACUAUUGAAGUCUGAAUUUCGGAGGCGAGGACAAUAUCCAUUAAGAACUCUAAAGACCCUUCAAACAUAAAAAUAAUCAAAUUUCAUUCAGAAUUUUAAAUUGUAGUUGCACGUUCAUCGAUUCGUCAAUAAUAUCUUCACAAACUCAUAUAUCUUAAGAAAUUAAUAGAAAUAAAUAAUUAAUGAUUAACUAUUCGAAAAAAAUUCAGCUUCUUAGAAAAAAGAAAAUAGUAAGAUAAAUUUAUGAUUAAUUAUAGUUUAAGACACUUUAGCAUGGAUUCCAAUAUUUUUACCUUCCACAAAUGCAAUUAUUGUUUGGGAUAUUUUUGGGUUUCUAAACAAUCUUUUAAUGCUAUGGUUAACUCCCUUUAUAGGAUCAUUUAAUAAUUAUCAAAACGAUAUCAUAUCUAUUAUUUAAUAAAUUAUCUUAAUAUUUCAAAUAAUUGAUUUCUUAGUUUAAUUUAACAGAGGAAUAUUUAUAUCUGCUAUACUAAUUACUAAUAGAAUGUCAAUAAUCAAAGAGUAUUUAAAAUCAAAUGCCUUUGUAGAUUUCCUAAGAGUUUUUAUUUGGUUUUGCUUAAAACAUGAAGUAAUAUUCUAUGAAAUUCUGGAAAUUACUAUAAUAUUAGAAAUUAUACUAAUAUAUUAGAACAUCUAAAGAUAUCUUGCAGAAUAUUUUCAAUAUUUCUAUAUGAAAGGAGGUUAGAAUGCUAUUUUAGAUUUAAUUUAAUUAAUCAUUUAAAUAUAUUAUUUUGCUCAUAUAAUUGCAUGUUUAUGGCAUUAUACAGGAGAAAAAACUAAAUAUUUGGGAACUUCAUGGUUAAUGGAACAUAAUUUAACAGAAUAUUCAUCUUGGCAUUAAUACAAUGCAUCAUUUUAUUGGGCAACAAUGACAAUGACAACUGUUGGUUAUGGUGAUAUAUCUGCUUCAAAUUAAGUUGAAAUGAUUAUAUCAUCAAUUAUCAUGUUUUUUUCUAGUUAUGCUUUUGCUUAUACUAUGAGUUCAAUAGGAAUUAUUUUGAAAAAUCUAUAUGAUGCCAAAUAAACAUAUAAGUAACAAUUAUUAAAUAAAUCAGAAAGAACUUGAUUUAAAUAACUUAAUAUAUGCAUAAAAAUCAAGUAGAUGAGAACAUUCAAGGCAGAAUUAGAAAUUACAUAAGAAUCCAUUCAACUUCAGAUAAUGUAGAAAAUUAAAGCGAAAUAGAUAAUAUUAUUAGUUUAUUACCAAAUAAUUUGUAAAAAGAUUUAAAUAAUGAUAUAUAAACUAGAGUUCUAAAAAAAAUGAAAUUAAUAAUUAAUCAUUUUUCAAAAUUUGCAUAAUAAUAAGUGGCAAAAAAUCUAGAAUUGAUUUCAUUUUUGCCAGGAGACAUUAUAUAUAAAUAGGGAGAUGUUCAUGAAGAUAAUCUGUAUAAUUUCUAUUUAUAAAUUUAGUUAUUUUAUUUAAUAAGGAGAUGUAAAUUAAAUCGAAAUGUAAACUGAACUCAAAUUGAGAAAUCUAAAAACAUCUUAAUAUUUAGGUUACUAUUCUUUUUUUACUGGAUUUGCCCCAAAAGAAACAGCAGUCAGUUAAGGACCUAGUUAACUUUAUAGAAUAAGUAGAAAGAAAUUUCUAGAUAUAAUAAGGUAGAAUCAAAAAGAUUUAGAAAUCUUUCAUCAUAUAAAAGACAAGAUGAUUUAUAAAUAGAACUUCGUUUUAUUUGAUCACAAAUGUAACUUUUGUAAUAGAUAUGUUCAUCAGGAAAUCGAUUGUCCAUUAAUUCAAUUUAAACCAGAUUUAGAACGUAUAUUAAAAAAAGAUUCGUUUAAAGAAGAAUGUAAUAUAAGUCGAUACAGAUCAAGAAGAAAAUCGAAAAAUAAUACUUUAGCUUAAAAUUAAAUGAUAGAAUAAUCAUUAAAAAUAUUUUAAGAAGAAAAUUAAUUAAAUGAAGAUCUAAUAUCUCAUCAAGAAUUAUAAAAUGAGAAAUCUGUCAUAUCGGAACAAUAAAUUACAUCAUAAUAGUACAUAACAAGUGAAAAAGAUAUAAAUAUAGAUUAACAAGCUUUAAGAUAAAAUUAGAGAAGAAUAACUUAGAAUCCUUUAGGAAAAGGACAAAAAAGUAAAUUAUUCUUUAAUUAGAAUUGUCUUAUCUUAAGGUAAUACCAUUUGUCCAAGAAACAAAAUAAUCAUAACGCAGAAUAGUAUAGUCAAAUGAUGAAAUUUUAAUCCCUAAACAAUAUAGUAUGAUAGAAGAGAUUGAGACAACACUUUAAAAAGGCUUGAAACCUUCUCUAAAUAUUGAUUCAAUUUCAUUAAAGUCAUAAUAUUACAUGCCAUAAUAUUAAAUUGAAGCUUAAUUAAAAUUAUGGAUUAAAACUUAAAAAAAGAGAAGUAAUAAAUUUUGGAAUAUUUAUGAAUAUUUAUAAAAAUAUACUUUUUCAAGUUUUGUAAAAGAUGCAGCAAUUAAGAUGAUUAAUUAAGGAAAAAAAUUGUACAAUACUAUUAAUUAGUAUUGAUUGAUUGUGAAUGAUGAUAUAAUAUAUUAUAUAAAUAAUUUUUUAAUAUAUUAUGGAUAAUAGAGCUGCUCAAUAAAGAAUUGGUUAAAUUAGAUAAUAAAUUGUUCAAGAAAUUGAUGAUAAAGAUUAAAAAUAAGAGUAUGCAUAAUUAUGGGCAGGAUUUUAUAAAAAGACAUUACAAUAAAGAUUAGAUUAAUUGAAUAAAAUUUAGAAUGUUAAUGUUGAACAUUUCAAAGAUGGAGGUUUGUCAUUAUAAAAUGCUAAUUUAAUGGUUGAAAACUGCAUUGGAAAAAUAGGAAUUCCCCUAGGAUUAGGAUUAAAUUUUCUAAUAAAUGGUCAAUAUUAUAUAAUACCUAUGGCUAUUGAAGAACCAUCUGUAAUAGCAGCAGCAAGUGCAGCAGCAAAAACUAUUGCAGAAUGUGGAAAUGGAUUUGAAACAUAUUCAACUAGGCCAGUUAUGAUGGGUUAAAUGUAAUUGUUAAAUGUUGAUAAUUAUUCAAAGGCAGAAUGUCUGAUAGAUUCAAAUAAAAUAUCAAUAAUAAAUAGAGGAAAUUAAGCAUGUGGAAAUAUGGUAAAAAGAGGAGGCGGAAUUGAAGAUGUUAAAUUAAGAUAAUUAGGAGAAGGUCAAGCUUCUGUAGAUAUAUUUAUUAAUGUUUGUGAUAGUAUGGGUGCCAAUAUAGUUAAUACAGUAUUAGAACAUUUAUCUCCUUUGAUUGAAGAAAUUACUGGACAUUAAGUUGGCAUAAAGAUAUUAACAAAUUUAUGUUUAAAUAGAAAGGUCACUUCAUUAUUCAGAUUGAACAUUGAAAAAAUGAAUUAUAAGAAUUAUUCAGGAUAAUAAGUAGCUUAAAUGAUUCUAAAUGCAUAUAAAUUUGCUGAAUUAGACUAUUUUAGAGCAGUUACUCAUAAUAAAGGAAUUUUGAAUGGAAUUGAGGCUGUUUGUAAUGCUACAGGUUAAGAUGGUAGAGCAGUGAAUGCAUCAUUGCAUGGAUAUGCUUGUUUAAAUGGUAAAUAUAAGCCAUUAUCAAAAUAUUGGAUUGAAGGGAAUGAAUUUAUAGGGGAAUUAUCUAUUCCUAUAUCUGUAGGAACUUAGGGAGGAGUUAUUUCUUAAAAUCCUUUAUAUUAAGCAGUCUUAUAGAUUUUAGAAUAUCCUGAUUCCUAAAAGUUAGCUGAAAUUAUGGCAUGUGUAGGAUUGGCCUAAAACUUUGCUGCUUUAAGAGCAUUAACUGUGGAAGGUAUUUAGAAAGGACAUAUGUCAUUACAUGCUAAGAAUAUAGCUAUUUCAGUAGGAGUACCAGAACAUCAAGUUGAGGAUGCAGUAUUAUUUAUGAAAAAUAGAGGAAGUUUUAGAAAAGAGACUGCCAAAGAAUAUUUGAAAGCUUAUCAUUUAUUUUAAGAAAUAGGUAAGGUUAAAGGAAAGAAAAAUUAAUCUUUGUGUACAUUUUCAGCUUAAUUUUAAUUGGAAGGAUCUUAAGAGAAAGUUGAAUUACAUGUUGUUUUUGAUUGUCAUUCUAAUAAAAGAAUUGAUGUUGAUUUUUUAAGUCAAUCAGAUAUUUCUAUUAAAUUAUUUGGAUCUAAAAGUCAUAUAUGGUUUUAAAAUCUAUUUAAAAUAAUAAAUAUUGUUAAAAUAGAAGAAUAAUCAGAGAAUUUACCUAAAAAAAGUUUAACUGUAAAAUUAAAAGUGAUUUCUAUUUUGAUCAAUUUAUUGAGUUACAAUUUAUUAAUAAUAGAUUUUGAGAAAACUAAGAAUUAUCUAAACUACGUAUUAAAUCAAUAACAUAUUGAUUUUCCUGAUGGUGAAAUUGAAUUUAAAUAUGGAAUAGCUCUUUUGACAGAAUUAUUACAUAUUUUUGAAUAUAAUAUAUAAUAAUUUAUAGGUGAGUAAGUCUUAAAGAAUGCACUUUUGAAUGAAUAAAAUUUAAUUAUAAAAAGUCAUUUGAAUAGUUUUGAACUUUGGCAGAAAGCUAAACUUGAUAAAGAGUUUUAAAUAGGUAACUUUUGGCUUUACAGAAAGAAACGAUUAUCAUGUACAAUGAUGUUAUUUUGUGAUUGCAUAAAUUUUAAAAUAAUAGAUGAGAAACUAGUAGAAUUGAUGAAAUAAUUAGGAGAUGUCUAUGAGAUUGAAAUAACAUUAACUAGAGAUACUGAAAAAUGGAAAGAGUAAGAGUUUUUAAUUUAAUAUUAUUUUAGUUCAACUCUUAAAGACCCAAAUAUUUAUACUUAUUGGUUAAUGCAACAUGAUUAACUACUAUAAGGUGAUAGAAAUUGUGUUUUGGAUUAAUUUAAGAAUGAAUCAUCAGCAAUGUUAGAAAUGAAGAGAUAAAGAAUAUAACCAAUUUUACCAUCAUCUAUGGCUCAUUUAUCAAAAUAAGCAACUACAGCUGUUAGUUUAUUGUAUCAAUCGAGAUUUUGA